AUGGAUGAAGAGGGCAAUAAAAUUGAAUGCAUUGUGGACAAAUCAUAUGUGAUACUGGGGCAAGCACUUGAAGAAUAUGCUGAUGUCUACAUUCAUAAGCCAACACUUGUAACCAAGUGCAUUGGUUUUAAUGGGCCCAAGAAUUCUUUCGCUUUUGCAAACUUCCAAGAUCUUAUCGAUAAGGCUAUCCCUUCAACUAUUUCUUUUGGGAUAGCCAAGUGCAUUGGUUUUAAUGGGCCCAAGAAUUCUUUCGCUUUUGUAAACUUCCAAGAUCUUAUCGAUAAGGCUAUCCCUUCAACUAUUUCUUUUGGUUUAAUGAAAAAGAAAAUAGAUCGGCUUCUUCAUGUUCUCUUGCUACAACGUCUUCCUUCAUGGGAGUUAUGCCAUCAUUCUUGGCACAAUUAA